AUGGUCCUGAGCAACCUGCUCCCCAAAGUGUAUGCUCAGAAGAAAGUCGUCUUCGAGCACUGGAAGCUAAAUGCCCUUUACUACUUCCUUCACCUUCCCAUUCUUGGUUAUGCAAUAUUCAUCUUCGAGUAUCAAAAGCAGUACACAGAAGUCAUUGGAAAUGCACCCUUCCUCAUGCUCCACGUCGAUGCACUCGACGCGUUGCCCUUUGCUAAUGCUGAUCCGCUCCUCGAUCCCGAGCCGUCAAUCGCGUUCUGGUGUCGGAACAUGACCGGUGGGCCUUACUGGUGCCACAACUCUUCCCUGUAUUAUCAGGGCCUCUGCUUGGAGCUGACGAAUGAGGACAUCAUGUCGCAGAUGCAAGUACAAGUAAUGCUGGGUUGCAGCAGGCUUUGUUCACUGGGUGCAGCUCUUGAUCCCAGCUGCUUCUUGCCACCGAGCGUCUUUCAGCAGUCAGGCUUCGACCGUCUGGAGAAGACAGCAGAGCAGGCAGCUCCACUCUCGAAGCGCCUGACGGUUGCCGCAACGGGCCGCAUGACAGCUGCGAAAUCGCCACCUCAAGUUCCGCCGAAGAAGAAGCAGAGGACGAGCGAAGAAAACAUCUCUUUCACGGGCCACAUGGCCAGCCAGGAGGAAGCAGUGCAGGUCGCGGGGGGCGACAUGCAGAGGUAUCUUCGCUACGUGAUGCGGAAGGGUGCGACCCGCACAAGGCCUAUGCAAGAGAGUCGCCCAACACCAGUUCAGCCGGCACCUGCUUCAGAAGUUCAAGAACCUCCUUUGGAACAUGUCAAGCAAGAGUCGACCCCCGAAAAGCCGGUGCUGCUCAUUUCGGAAGACUCCUAUGCAGGAUUGUUGCAGUUCUUGAACUCCCUCAUGAACCGCACACAGGUGCUUAAAGGGACUCUGACACGAGAGGACGAGCAGGCCUUGCUGGCGCAGAAAGGCAGCCUAGCAAAGCUCACCCACUUCACGGACAAAAUCCUGCCUCAGCCCGCACUCGCUGGCAGUCGCACGCUCACCAUUACGCCCUUCACUGCCACAGGGCGAGGAUUAAUCACGGGCAGACCGCAGCCGCUGUGGAUAAUGAUGCAUCCUCUCGUCAGAUAUGCAAGGGUGGAGUUCACCUACAUCUUUCAAAUGACUCAGGCGGCACCGUUCUUCUUUGGGCUCUACGAGUCCGCUGGCGGCCGCAAGGGUCACCGGGACGCCUACACAGCCAUGAUCAACGGAAGGGAGGAGGUGAAACACUUCUUCCAUCCGCAGGAGAAGGUUUACCUCACUCCAGCUGAUAUUUUGGUGCUCGCUGGGCGUGAGUGGAACGUCGAGACCAUCAUGCAGGGAGGAGAGUUCUAUGCAGAAGUCAACUGCUACAAUGAUGGUUAUGACCUCUCCUCCACACUCAACUGGGAGAAUUUCACCUAUGUCGCCCCGACCCCCGAACUUCCCCUAUGCAUCAUGUCGAUUGAAGAGCUGCAGGGCACAGCAGUUGGCCAAGAUAUGGAUGGCAUCAACGACGUUAUCCUAUCUAGGUCGAGAUUUCGCAUCGACACCGGCAGAGGAAGCAGCCACCACAGGAUGCCAUCUCUCUCUGCCAUCUUGUUGAAUCUCGUUUCUCUGUUUGUGUUGCUGAAGGUGCCGCAGGCGGUGACGAUGGCGUUUGCCAACAUGUGCCUGGGAAACCUCUCCAGCGUUUACAAGCGAGCAUCCGAGGAGACCUUCAAGCUCCCGACGCGGGUCGCACAGCUCGGCCUCCGGCUGGUUUCGGACUCCCUGGCCCUUGCGGCACUUCGGAGCCCAGACAAAUCAGGCAUCGAGGAAGAAAGGCUGAAAGAAGAGCUGCGCAAGAUCGUUGCUUGCACAACUGCGGAGCAAAGCACGGCGCUGGACAGAAUCAGCGACAGCUUCGGAGACCACGUGUACGAGAUGCUCAGGGAGCUGGCUGACGAAGGCCACUUUCACUGCGAGCGCGAUGCGGAGCAGAAACCGAAACCCGGGAUGCACUGCAGUCAGUUUGCAAAUCUGAUGGCCAUCGGCCAGACGGUGCACGUGAAGGACCUCCUGGCCUUCUUCGACGUCAAAAGACGUCGAUCCUGGCUGGAGUGGUACUUCUUGCCGAAGGCACAGAAGAUAAAGUUCCGCAGGAUGAAGUCGAAGGCAGAGGAAGCCGAAGCAUCCGAGGCUUUGGGCCAAAGUGCCCCUCCGGAAGAUGUGCGGCUGCCCGCGGACUCGAAUGUCCAAGAAGAGGAGGGCGACAAGGACAAGAAAGCAGUGGCCUCCGGAGAUGCAGCCCUCCUGCUGAAGCUCAGCGCACGGGUUGAGGCAUUGGAGGCAGAAAGAGAAUCCUCCAGCAAGAUGAGGGAGGAAAUGAACAGACUUUCUGAAAAUCUGGAGAGCCUGAGCCUCCGCCUCGAUGGCUUGGAAGUAGGAGAAGUGCCACCAAAGGAAAAGCCACCGGCCAUACCUCCAGCCACCCCCAAAACGCCUUUAAUGGCUCCGGCAGCCUCUGCGCAGCUCGAAGCCGCGGAGGAGCGCAUCAAAGCGAUGGCCGCUAAAGCAGAAAUUCUGGAGCAGCGUCUUGCAAAGCUCGAGAGCUCUCAGUCCAAAGUUGUGAGUGAAAUCGGCGCCGUGCGCUCGAGCGCCGAGAAGCGCCACGUGGCUGUCCUCCAGGAGCUGCGUGCGACGACCCAGCAGCUAAAGCAUCAUCCUCCAGACACCGACACAUCUCAGCCACCAGAGCAGUCAGCAAAGGACGGUCCAGGAGAUCCAUCGCCGGCUCCCAUGGCCACCACGAUGCUUGGCCGCGGCUUCCAGUUUCCCAAGGUGAAGUUCCUGUUGAACUACGACAUGCCCACGUCAACUUUCGAGUACUUGCAGAGACUUCGCCUGGCGGCCCGAUCCACCGGUCCUGGCUCAGCGCUGAGCUUCCUCUGCCAGGAGGAUCUGCUGCAGGCGCAGGAGCUCUGCACCCUCCUCAAGCUUUUGGGCCAGGAUGUGCCAGAGAUCUUGGACAAAGCUGCUGCGAAUCGCCGUGCUCUGCUGCAGAGAACGGAUCCCGAAGAGGCCGUCAAGGAGGAGAGGAGGAACCGACAUACGGGCUUCUUUGUGCGACGAGGUGGAAUGCGGCGUGGCGCCUCCACGUCGAGCCCGGGCAAGAUGCCGAGUGUCUCGAUCAACCUCGAUGGCACCUGGAAGGACUACCGUCCUCUUACAGUCGAAGCGGUUCCCGACGUCGACGUGCAAAGCAGGCAGGCGGCCCCUACUCCCUUGGCCGCAGGGGAGGAUCUGAUUUGCCUCGACUGA